CGUGCUUUUGACAAUUCUUCCCCUCGGUGUCUAUUUUGGUUGGAAAGUGUGCGAUCGGGAUCCGCAUAAACCGAUCGGUCUUCUCGAAUACUAUCGCCAGCUUCUACCGGAGGAUGACAAAAUAAUCACCGCAUUAAGACGCAGCAAACAUGAAGUCAGCUAUAGAUUAUAGGAAUAAGUUUAUCCUGGCGCCGAUGGUGCGUGUCGGUACGUUGCCGAUGCGGCUGCUGGCCCUCGAGUACGGUGCCGAUCUCGUGUACACCGAGGAAAUCAUUGACUGGAAGUUGCUCCGGGCAGAACGGCACACGAACGAGGUGCUAGGUACGGUUGACUACAUCGACAAGACGGAUGGUACGGUUGUGUUCCGAACCUGUGCGGACGAACGGGAAAAGGUGAUCCUUCAGAUCGGUACGGCGUCCGUCGAGCGUGCUGUUGCUGUGGGACUCAUGAUGCAAAACGAUGUAGCAGCGAUCGACGUGAAUAUGGGCUGCCCGAAAGAUUUCUCCAUCAAGGGCGGUAUGGGUGUGGCGCUGCUGUACGAUCGGCCCCGCGCAAAAGCCAUCCUCGAGGGAUUGGUACAAAGCGUAAGCAUACCGGUAACGUGCAAAAUCCGAGUAAUGCCCGAUCCGGACGAAACGAUAGCGCUGGCGAAAGAUCUUCAGUCCACCGGUAUCAGUGCGAUUGGGGUGCACGGGCGUACGAAAACGGAACGACCGCGUGAUCCGGUUAAUGAAGAUGCUAUCGCAAGUGUCGCUACCGCUCUGCACAUUCCCGUCAUAGCGAACGGUGGUUCACAGAGCAUAACACGCCGCCACGAUAUAGUGAAGUUUGCGCAGCGUUGUUCCACCACGAGCGUGAUGGUGGCACGGGCCGCCGAAUGGAACUGUUCCGUGUUUCGGGCGGAUGGUCCACUGCCGCUGGACGAUGUUAUCCGCCGGUAUCUGGAGCUAUCCGUACGGUACGAUAAUUCACCCUCCAACACGAAGUACUGCGUGCAGAUGAUGUUGCGCAGCCUGCAGGAAAGCCCGAUGGGAAGACGUUUGCUCGACAGUCAAACGAUGCAACAGAUAUGCGAUAUCUGGGAGUUGGGUGAUUACUGUCGGGAAACGCAGCUGCGUUACCACUUUGCCGGCAUCAAGGGUAGACGAGCGUGUCGACCGCGUACACUGUCGGAGAACGGCGAAAAUACGGGUGCGAAUGAGGGUGAACCGGCUGCGAGCAAAAAGCAGUGCCUUGAGGACACAGCAGCAUCACAGGAAACCGAUUCCCGGGAACCGCUACUUGAGGAGAACGUUUGCUUCAUACGGUCCAACUUUACUGACGACAACGCACUGCCGAAAUCCAAGCUUUAUCUGCACGCCGUCCGCAACGGGCUAGAGCGAGCACAGUACGACGUACAGCAGAAGGAUAAACUGUUCCGGGCGUUCAUUCGGUUCGAUGGCCAACGGUACACUAGCUCCUUUUGGGAGAAAAACAAGCGUUACGCGGAACAGGCGGCCGCCCUUGUCUGUCUGCUAAAGCUGGGGGUAGAAUCGCGCGACGAGUUGAUACGGAACGGUGCUAUGUUGCCGACGGCCAAAAGUAAUACCGUCGAGCAGCAGCACGAAUGCACGGUAGAGCACGGCGAUAAGCGGAAUGGUGCAAGCGAAACGAACGGAACGGAACAUACGGUACGGGUGGCGAAUGGAAAGGAGAAGCUUUCGGAUGUCGCUGAAGGUUGCUAACCGUCGGUGAGAUGUGGCAGAACAGCGCGUAAAUGACAACUGUACAGUGCAAUUAGAAAGUGGAAAAUCGAAAAACAUGCGGAAAAUUUCAUUGCGAUUCGUUGAAAGAAAGUGAUAAAUUUGGUCGAUGAUCCUUGGAAUUUGGAAAGAGUGAAGUAUGUUAUAAGUAUAAAAAUUUAUGUAAUUAUUG